AUGUAUGUAAAAUAUUGUGAGAAUAAACCGAAGUCUGAGUUUUUAGUUGCUGAAUAUUUAGAUACAUAUUUUGAAGAUAUUCGACAAAAAAUGGGUCAUCGUUUAACACUACCUGAUCUUCUGAUUAAACCUGUACAAAGGAUCAUGAAAUAUCAACUAUUGUUAAAGGAUAUAAGUAAAUAUACAGAGCGAGCAGGAUUAGAUGUCACAGAUUUAAAGAAAGCUCAACGUGUAAUGAGAGUGGUACCUAAAGCUGCAAAUGAUAUGAUGCAAGUCGGAAGGUUACAAGGCUUUGAUGGUAAAAUUACUGCUCAAGGGAAAUUACUCCUACAAGACACAUUACUAGUGGCGGAAGUCUCUCCAUCUGGCCAACAGAAAUUUAAAGAACGACGGGUGUUUUUAUUCGAACAAAUCAUUAUCUUCAGCGAAAUGACAGAGAAACGAAAAGGAGAUUUUUCCAACGCCAAUUAUGUGUUCAAAAAUAGUGUCAAGGUCAAUAAGAUGGCAAUGUCUAAUACUGUAGAAAACGACCCCACCAAAUUUAUGUUAAUAGAUAGAACGCCAGGGUCAGAUUUAAAAUUGAUAAUUCAAGCCCCAUCAGCUGAUAAUAAAGAUACGUGGGUGAAAGAAAUUAGAAGUAUUUUAGAUAUGCAAGGCGACUUUCUUAGAGGUUAG